CUGCAGACUGAGAGAUGGCGCAGUAUUCAGAUUAAAUGAUUUUCUUUAGCGUGUUAGCUAACCAGGCUACCGUGUCUGGGUUUCUCAGUAAGACAGACAGGUUUUAGCUCACAACUGCAAGUCUAGCUAAAUAUUUGACAUGUAUAUUAAAGAUAAUAGCAGCCAGCUAGUCACGUGAACCAGCUGGCUGUCUUGCCAGCCUGAUAACGCCUGUGGAACAGAAACAUUCAAGACUAUGACCGACCCAACACAAACUAUCAAAAUGCAGGAAAGCGUGAGAAGACCCUUAUCACGAGAUCGACAGAGCUGGUCGUCUACUGAAAACUGGUUUGACAGAAGACGGCAGCCAGGAAGAACAGACAGUAGAGGUUACAGCGGACCAAAGGGACUCGUUUCCAGUAGCUUCCAGCAUCCAAGAGGGAGCAGGAGUCUCCACAAUGACCCCACCCAAAAGGGAGCCACAUCAGAGCUCACUGGAAAGCGAUCAACGCAAAAAUCUGAACCGCACAAUAAAAGAAGAAUAAAUGGAAGAUCAUCAGACACAACCAGAGGAGGUUAUAGAGGUACCAGACCUGCUCUAAAAUCCGAAGAGAGACCCACGUCUCAAGAGGUUGCGAAAAGUAGCACGUUUGAAGUGAAACUGUCUGAUUUUCCUGAGCUGAGUGACUUCAAGCCACUCGAAAGCCCUGAAGCUCGACUGUGCUGGGGUUCAAACAACUCGUCAGCUCUUCGUGAUUCACCAGCAGCCACCGUUAAGGAGACGUCAGGACAUAAAGGACCAAAACAGAAACCAAUACAGCACGUCACCUCAACAGAAAAGACUCCGCAGAAAUCGACUGCCACAGCAGGUGCAGAUACUGAGCUUGUGUUACCAAACCCUUAUGGAUCACCAGCAACCUCCUGGGCCAGCAUUGCCUCUCAGCCUCCUAAAGUCACGCAAAAGAGUCCUGCCGCGCAAGACACAUCCUCUCAGGAUGAUGUGUGUCAGGGAGAAGGUGAACAAACUGCGAAGAAGAAAAGGAAGAAAAAGAAGAAAUCUAAAGUAGUGUGUGAGAAUGGAGAGCAGGAGAUACACAAUAUGGCACUGAUACAGCAGGAGCCUCCCAAGUUUGAGGAUGAAGAGGAGUUUCCGGAUCUCUCUCUUGCUUCUGUUAAUCCAAGCAAAGGACCGAGGCGUUCGUCAAAUACCAGAAUACAGGAGAAUACUGGGACACCUGAGAAAGAUGGGUUGGUUCCGCAAUUUGAGAAUAUAAACAAAAGCAAAGCCAUUGACGCAAAGUCUGGGUCUGCUGUUUCAAAGAAAGUACAGCCAGUAGGUCAAAAGAAGAGCAAGGCACUUGUUCAGCUUGACCUAGGGGACAUGCUGAAAGUUCUGGAGCAGAAACAACAGUCUCAAAAGUCCAGACAAGAUGUUAAACCACUAACUCUUACAGUAGGAGGAGCCCUACCAGUUGUCCACAAGGACCCAACAGCUCAAAAGAAGCAUUCAUGGCAGCAAGAGAGGAUAGCACACAACCCUUUGGAUUCCACCUGCCCUUUAGUGAAAAAGGGAAAACAGCGAGAGGUGCCUAAAGCUAAAAAGCCUACACCUCUUAAAAAAGUCAUUUUAAAGGAGAGAGAAGAAAGGAAACAGAACCGCUUGCUAGAAGAAAGAGAUCCGACACGAAUGACUAGUGAAGCCACUCAAGAGCCACAAGCCAGUGAGAAUCUUUCUGAGAGCAAUUCAGCGCAGCACUGUCCUGAACCAACAAGUGACCAGAGUGGUGCUGAGGAGGCUGAUCAAACAGGUUCACCUGAAGACCCGAAGAACCUUGAAGAAGAUAGCGCGCCGUCUAAAAACUGGGAUUCAAAUUCCAACCCCAGUCGUCCGAAAAUCCAUAGCAGGAAAUUCAGAGACUACUGCAGCCAGAUGCUAAGCAAGGAUGUAGACGAGUGUGUGACUGUUCUGCUGAAGGAGCUGGUCAGGUUCCAGGACCGGCUUUACCAGAAAGAUCCCAUGAAGGCCAGGAUGAAGAGGCGGCUGGUCAUGGGUCUCAGGGAGGUGCUGAAACACCUAAAGCUCAGGAAAGUCAAGUGUGUCAUCAUCUCUCCCAACUGUGAACGUGUACAGUCUAAAGGUGGUCUCGAUGAAGCUCUACACACAAUCAUUGAUACAUGUCUGGAACAAGAUGUUCCUUUUGUCUUUGCCUUGUCAAGGAAGGCUUUGGGUCGCUGUGUGAACAAAGCCGUUCCCGUCAGUCUGGUGGGCAUCUUCAACUACGAUGGAGCACAGGACCAUUACCACAAAAUGAUUGAGCUCACAUCACAGGCAAGGAAAGCCUAUGAGAUGAUGGUUUCCAACCUUGAGGAGAGUGUACAGAAGGAGCCGGGAGAGGAGAAUGAGACACAGCAGCUAAUGGAGCCGCCAUUAGACACCCCGGAGGCAGAAGAACCAGAAUACAUUAAAGUUUGGAAGAAAAUGCUGGAGAAAGACUACAACCACCAAUUCCUGCCUUUCGAGGAGCAGUUUGCUUCAGUGACCAUCAGCGCAGAUUCAGACAACCAUCUGCAUGACCUUGGAGGAAGCUGAUCAUUCACUAAUGGAAUAAAGAUUUGUGAAUAAGGGGGUAUAACGAUACACAAAAUUCUAAUUUGAUACAACGCGAUACAGUGGUGUCUCAUUAUGAAUCAUGUAUCAAUACAACAAAUGUAAGCAUUGUGUGAAUAUGUGCCUUAGAUUUCCAUUUGAUUCAAACAUUCAACAUUAUUGAAUUCACAUUAUGUGAAUAAUGACAGUGGUUGUGUGAUCCAUGCAGAUUCUCAGCAGCAUAUAAUAAAACAAAAGCUGUGAAUUAGAAUGUAACAAAAUGAACACGUGUCUAAUUAAACAUUAGCUGUCGGGCCAAGCUGGGAAGACUCCCAAGUGGGCGUGUCUGAACUAAAGCACUGGGUUUUUAUUUAUUAUUUAUUUUUAAAAUCCUCGUCGUGUUUUCAUUCCCCUUUUUUAACUCCUUAUGCUAUCAGUCAAAGGCGAGUAGCUCCCUGUAGCACUAGGCUAGACGUGUUUAUGAAUCCUGCAUUCUCCACCACCGACACAGAAGGAUGAUGUCGAAUGUGUUUGUAGUGAAAACAGUCCACAUCUCCCUGUCCGUCAGCGUUAUAACUUACAGGGAAGCCAAAGUGCUCCUGUAAAAGACUUGGGGGAAAUUUUCACAGCCCUUGCUGCUUUUCUUGAAAUAAUAUGCUAGUACGCAAUUAAGUGUAUUAACUUGUGAAAAAUAGUGUACUUAGGAUAAGCACACUAUUGAUUUUAGAUAAAGCGGAAGCAAUUUUUUCAGAGGAGGGAGUAAAAAAAAUUAUUACACCUCAUAAUGUAAGCAUUAUUUUAGGAGAAAUAGCCUACUUUUAUUAUGUAGCAUGUUGAAUGUAUUUUUCAAUACACAGACGUAUCGAUUCGAGAGACUUGUAUCGAAUUAUAUGAUGCGAUGCACCAUAUCGUUACACCCCUACUUGUGAAUUAAUUAAACACGAUCACAUGAUCUUGAAUAUUUUUGUCGAUUUAAAUGUUUACAAAUUUGCACAAGAAAAUAUGAAAACCUGUCUUAUAAGUAAAUGAAGUAUCACUGCCUCUAAAUUAAUGUAGCCGAUGAGCAACUUGUUUUCAAUUCCCAUUAAAAUAUUUAGAUAAAACAA